AUGAAUCAACAACCUUUUGGUAAUGACAUGAAGGAUCCUAAUAUGGUCAUGUUGGAUCAGCAACAACAACCCAAUGCCUACUAUCAAGCACCACAACAACAACAGUCAGGCCAACCCUAUAUGCAACCUGGACAACCCUACUACCCUCAACAGCCCAUGUAUGUGCAACAACCACAGCCUGGACAACCCAUCUAUGUUGAUCCAAAUCAACAAAUGCAAGGAGGAAUGUACUAUCAACCACAACCUCAACCACAAUAUGUUGUUCAACAAACCACCACAACCACAGCUCAACCUGUGGUUAUAGCUACCAAUGUUGCCUCAUUAGAAGGAAAACAAGCUGAAGAUGCAUUCACCAUGGCUUUGAUAUUGAGCUUCCUCAUGUGGUUCUUUGGUAUUGGAUUUUGUUUUUCAUGCUUCUUUUGGGUUCCUGUGUUGAAAUACAGACAUUCGAGUGACGAGAGAGCUCGAAGAUACGGUACCUAUGGGCAAUAUGGACUUAUUAUCACCGUUGUGUUGAAUUUGAUUGCUGUGGUUUUGGUUGCUCUGCCUAUCAUCAUUGCUGUCGCUGUCUCAACCUCGUAUGCCCGUGCAAAAUAA